CCUCUCUCUCCCUUUUAAUACAACUCUAGCUUACCCCAACUCCAUUCAUUCCCAUCUCUCUCUCUCUCUUUCUCUCGCUAAACAACAAACACUGCAAACAACACCAUGCCUGAAGCUCCAAAGAACACAGUGAACAAGAAAGCUCUUCAGUUCAUUGAAGAUGUCACAGCCAACGCCGAUCAAGUCCAGAAGCAAGUCCUGGCUGAAAUCCUCUCUCGCAACGCCCGCGUUGAGUACUUACAGCGACAUGGCCUUGGUGGCCAUACCGACCGAGACACCUUCAAGAAACUCAUUCCUGUCAUCAAGUAUGAGGAUGUUCAACCUCACAUCAACCGCAUCGCCAAUGGCGAUAAGUCUCCCAUCCUCUGCUCCCAACCCAUUUCAGAGUUUCUAACUAGCUCUGGGACAUCUGGUGGGGAGAGAAAAUUGAUGCCUACCAUUGAAGAAGAGCUGGAGAGGAGGUCACUGCUUUACAGUCUUCUGAUGCCUGUAAUGAACCAGUUUGUUCCUGGUUUAGACAAAGGCAAAGGAAUGUACUUUUUGUUCAUAAAAGCAGAGGCUAAGACUCCUGGUGGGCUAGUCGCUCGUCCUGUUCUCACUAGCUACUACAAGAGUUGCCAUUUCAAGAACAGGCCUUAUGACCCAUACACAAACUACACUAGCCCAAAUGACACCAUUCUUUGCCCAGACUCCUACCAAAGCAUGUAUUCCCAAAUGCUUUGUGGGCUAUGCCUAAGAAAUGAGGUCCUCCGGGUCGGUGCCGUUUUUGCCUCCGGCUUCAUCCGGGCAAUUCGGUUCCUAGAAAAGCACUGGAGCCUUCUGUGUAGAGAUAUCCGGAAUGGAACCAUUGAUCCCCAAAUUACCGACCCGUCGGUGAGAGAGGCUGUGAUGAAAAUCCUCAAACCCGAUCCAAAGCUUGCGGAUUUUAUGGAGGCCGAGUGUAGAAAGGAGUCAUGGCAAGGGAUCAUAACUAGGUUGUGGCCUAACACCAAAUAUGUGGAUGUUAUUGUGACAGGCACUAUGUCACAAUAUAUACCCACUCUUGACUAUUAUAGCAAUGGCCUGCCUCUUGUGUGCACCAUGUAUGCCUCCUCUGAGUGCUAUUUUGGUGUCAACCUUAACCCUAUGUGCAAACCUAGUGAAGUCUCUUAUACCCUCAUUCCCACCAUGGCCUAUUUCGAGUUCUUGCCUGUUCACAGAAACAAUGGUGCCGCCAAUUGCAUCACCAUGCCCAAAUCCCUUAAUGAGAAGGAACAGCAGGAAUUGGUUGACCUUGUCGAUGUCAAACUCGGACAAGAAUAUGAACUCGUUGUCACCACUUAUGCGGGACUUUAUAGGUACAGAGUCGGUGAUGUGCUUCGAGUGGCUGGAUUCAAGAAUAAGGCCCCCCAAUUCAACUUCGUUUGCCGGAAAAAUGUUGUACUAAGCAUUGAUUCCGACAAGACGGACGAGGUUGAGCUACAGAAUGCGGUGAAGAACGCAGUGAACCAUUUGAUGCCUUUUAAUGCAACUCUCAUUGAAUACACGAGUUAUGCGGACACUUGUACAUUCCCAGGCCACUAUGUUCUAUUCUGGGAGCUUAAUGUGAAUGGGUCGACCCCGAUCCCACCUUCUGUAUUCGAGGACUGUUGCCUGACAAUCGAAGAGACACUCAACAGUGUGUACCGCCAAGGCCGUGUCUCGGACAAGUCGAUUGGGGCUCUGGAGAUCAAGGUUGUUGAAGCAGGGACGUUUGAUAAGCUCAUGGACUAUGCCAUCAGCCUAGGUGCUUCAAUCAACCAGUACAAGACACCAAGGUGUGUGAAGUUUGCUCCAAUUAUUGAGCUCCUGAACUCAAGGGUGGUGUCUAACUACUUCAGCCCGAAAUGCCCAAAAUGGGUUCCUGGUCACAAGCAAUGGAGCAAUAAAAAUUGAAGGAUUAGGGGGAACCUAGCUUCAUCUGUUGUUCUUUGAUAGUUUCAUUGGAGGUCCAAAAAAGAACUGUUUUUGUGAUCAUUUUAGAACGAAGUCACAAAGUUUACCCUGUUAGAUUAACCCAACCCAUCUCUUUCUACCAGCUGCACUCUCUGUGUUUUAAUUUUUGUUAUUGUAACACUUAUUUAGUAUUAGGGACUUCAAUUUAGCUAUGUACAAAAACAGUUCCGGUUUCAAA